AGGAAAUUAAGUGACAUGGGUACAGAAUAUACUUGGGAGCCAGCCUUUAGGUCAAGCCAAUGGUUCACGCGUGGCUGGACACUCCAAGAGCUUCUUGCGCCAAGCAUAGUCGAGUUCUACUCUCAAGAAUGGGAGAAGCUAGGUGACAAGGGAUCACUAAAGUUGUUAAUCCGCAAAAUUACUAGCAUCCCAUACGAAGUACUCAACGGAGCUCCUCUUUCUAGAUCCAGUAUUGGCGACCGGCUGCGUUGGAAAGGAGGCCGGGUGACUAAACACGAAGAAGACGGAGCCUACUCGUUGCAAGGUAUCUUAGAUGUCGAGCUAGCGCCACGGCCGUAAUACGCGGGCUAUUGUACAUGGUGGUGAGCCAGCAACCUUCGCUUGCAUCGCACGUCCGCAAGAAGCAAGACCAUGCAGGCAAAGCCCUGUUCGAGGAUGCGAAUGCCUGGGUUGCCUUAACAGAAAUCUAGGUGGACGUGCUGCGAGACCUGAGCCUGCGCAUGACAUACCUAAUCAUUGACGCGCUAGAUGAGUGUAUUACUGAUAGGCCGAAGCUGCUGCACUUUAUUGCGACGCAGUCAUCUACGUCCCACCGCGUCAAGUGGAUUGCUUCAAGCCGCAACUGGCCAGAACUUGAAAAGCGUCUAGAAGCAGCGGGCCACAAAAUAAGGCCAAGUCUUGACUUCAACGCAGAAUCAGUCUCGACAGCUGUCAAGAUAUUCAUCAAAAGGAAAGUAUCCCAGCUAGUAGAGCAAGAGAAAUAUGAUGAGAGGACCCGAGACGCCAUGUUAGAGUAUCUAACUGCCAAUGCAGACAAUACCUUCCUUUGGGUAUCACUAGCGUGUCAAAACCUCAAGGGCACGGCGAAGAGGAACGUGGUGAAGAAGCUAAAGUCAAUUCCGCCUGGACUAGACCCAUUGUAUCAGCGAAUGAUGCACCGGAUAAGCGAGUCAGACGACGCUGAGAUCUGUCGCUGCGUGCUGGCUUCGGCCGCAGUCUUGUAUCGACCUGUUGCAAUACCUGAACUUGUUGCGAUUGUGGAGCAGCUCAAGGACUUUGCCAAUGACCUAGAGUCGGUGCGGGAGAUUAUCGGCCUCUGUGGAUCGUUUCUCACUCUGCGAGAAGACACAGUCUACUUUGUGCAUCAGUCUGCAAAGGACUUUCUCUUUGCAAAGGCGUAUGGUGAGGCCUUUCCAGAUGGAACCGAAGCCGUUCAUCGAAUGAUCUUUUCGAGAUCGCGGGCAACCCUAUCCAGGACAUUGUGCAGGGAUAUAUACAGCCUAGAAGCGCCAGGAUAUCCUAUCGAGAACGUCAAACCACCUGAGCCAGAUCCAUUAGCAGUGUCACGCUACCCGUGUGUCUACUGGAUUGAUCAUUUGUACAAGUCGAAGCCUAAGUCGUCAGAAAACAGUGUGGAUAACUUGCAAGUCCCAGACGUUGUCGAUGAGUUUCUAAGGAAAAAGUAUCUCUACUGGCUAGAAGGGCUUAGCUUGUGCAAGAGCGUAGAGAAAAGCGUCGUUUCGAUGACAAAAUUGUGGUCUCUAGUACAAGAGAUGGGGAGCCAAGAUCAGCUAACCCAGCUUAUUCAAGACGCACGGCGGUUCUUUAUGUAUCACAAAGGAGCGAUUGAGAGUUACCCUCUCCAAACAUAUGCAUCUGCGCUGUUGUUCAGUCCAACAGGUAGUCUAAUUCGACAUCUGUUCCAGCACGAAGAGCCACAAGAAAUCACGAUUAGGCCAGCUAUGAGCGACGGCUGGAGUGCAUGCCUGCAGACGCUCGAGAGCCAUAGCAGCUCUGUUAGGUCAGUAGCCUUGUCGCACGACUCGACCUAGUUAGCGUCUGCGUCAGAGGACAGCACUGUCAAGAUCUGGGAUGCAAGCAGCGGCGCGUGCCUGCAGACGUUCAACAUCAGCAGGCCCCUUGAUAGUCUAUCCUUCGAUUCCACCAGCUCUUUUCUUCAUUCCGGGAUAGGUACUAUUGCUAUGCAUAGCUCAGGAACUUCCAGCGAGGUAGCUAUCGUGGACCCUGAGCGCCCUCUGUAUCUGGGCACAAGCAUUAGCCUCGACAGCAUAUGGAUCAAGCACGACGGCAGGAACAUGCUGUGGAUACCAUCAGAGUAUCGACCGUCAUGCUCUGCGGUGUGCGGAAGCACAGUCGGUAUGGGCGCUGGGUAUGGCAGAGUGUGGACCUGCAGUAUUGACCUACACACCCACAUGUGUUCGUAACAAAGUACAGAUAAGCGCUGAUUCUCCUCUCAUAUGCGUUGGUUUUCUAUGUUUCUGCUUCACAGAGGCAAACAGAAAUGCACAUAAGCACACAAUUUACAUUCU